CUGAUAGGUGGCACUGAUUGGCAGCACUGAUAGGUGGCACUGAUUGGCUUUGAUAGGUGGCACUGACUGGCACUGAUGGGUGACACUGAAAGGCAGCUCAGAUGGGCACUGAUAUGUGGCAUUGAUGUGCACUGGUAUGCACUGAUAUGUGGCGUUGAUGGGGCACUGGCACGUGGCACUGAUGAGCACUGACAGGUGGCACUUCUGGUGCCACACUGAUCAACAGGGCACAUUGAUCAUCACUGUCAGCGUGACAGCUCGAGAGGAGAGAAAUGCCAAUAACCGGCAUUUCCGUGUUUACAUGUGAUCAGCUGUGAUUGGACACAGCU